UCCCUUGAUCUGCCCGGUAAUCUCUGAAAUAGGUUUGUUUUAUGGGAUUCCUAGAACUGCCCUAGACUAGUUCUCACCGUCAAUAUUCAGUCAGGCCUAAACAAAAAAGGAGAGCACCCUUUAAGACCAACAGAGUGCAGUGAAGCUGAUGAAUUGAGAAUUGACUUUCAACAUAGUGUCAAAUAGUGUGGCAUCAACUGGGAAGAGCCACGUUAUUCUGGAAAUAUAAACAUAAUGGUUAAGUGUGAAACCAAGAAGUAUGAGAGAAUUCCAUCCCAUUACUCAAGUAAACGUGAGCUGCAAACAGACAAAAUGGACUGUUUUAAGACCGAGCCAAGAGCAAAUGGCUUCCCAGGCUGAUGGAGACAGUACUCUGCCCAAUGAAAGUCUGACCUCAUCAUCAGAGCUGACAUCAGGGGGAUUGCGGUCUAACCUUUGCCCAGAGUGUGGGAAGACCUUCAGGAGCGCCGGGGAACUCAAAGCACACGUCCACGUCCACCAUCUGUCUAAACCUCACGAGUGCACGGCAUGUGGGAAAAGCUAUGCCAGCAAGCAUGAGCUGACCCUACACCUGCGUCUGCACACUGGAGAGAAGCUGUUCUGCUGCGCCCUCUGCCCAGCCAAGUUCACCAGGCCGAGUGGCCUUGUGUCGCACUCGCGCACCCACACCGGGGACAAGCCUUUCCUAUGCAGCCUGUGCGGGGUCGGCUUCGGUCGCAAAUCGGCUCUGACUCUCCACAAGAAAAGACAUGCCGGUGUGAAAGAGCACCAGUGCGGCGAGUGCGACAAGGCGUUUGUGACGGCGUCCUCGCUCAGGGUUCACAAGCUGUCGCACACGAGCCAGAGGCCCUUCCCAUGUCCCCAGUGCAGCAGGAGCUACAUCACAAAGCGGGACCUGGAGGUGCACAUGGGCAGACACACGGGUGACUUGCAGUUCUACUGCCAGGCCUGCGGGAAGUCCUUCCUGCGAAUGUUAGACCUCAAGCAGCACCAGGUCGUCCAUGUCAACGAGCGCCCAUUCAGGUGCUCCAAGUGUGGCCUUGGUUUCAGGCGCAUGGACCACCUGAAGUCGCACCUGAGAAUCCACUCCUCCGAGACGCCUCACAAAUGCGCAGAGUGCGGCAAAUGCUUCAGGCAUGCCAACUCGUUCAAACUGCACCAGCGGAUUCACACGGGGGAAAAGCCCUACCCCUGCGGUCACUGUGGAAAGGACUUCGUCUCGUCUGGCGACUUGAAAAAGCACGAGCGAAUCCACAUGGAUGUAAGGCCUUACAUAUGCUCCGUCUGCCAGAAAACCUUUCAUCAUUCAACUGCUCUGAACAGCCAUAAGAAGGUCCAUUCUGAUGACAAGCCUUACCACUGCACAGAGUGCGGGAAGAGCUUUGCACGACAAGCAGGGUUGAAAAAGCACCAGGAGACCCAUGCUGAGAAGAGGUCGCAUUGCUGCGUUCAUUGUGCAAAGGGGUUUUACACCGUGGAGACGCUAAGGUCGCACUUUCUUACCCACUUCACUGAGGGUCCUUUUGACUGCGGUGACUGCGGGAAGACGUUCACUCGAAGGGACACGUUCAGAAAGCACUGUCAGAUCCACUCGGGUGAGAAGGCAUACGUUUGCACAGAGUGCGGCAAGAGCUUGAGCUCCAGCUCUAGCCUGGCUGUGCAUAUGAAGAAUCACUUGGGUCCGGUGCGGUACAGCUGCACCGGCUGCCAGAAGACGUUCGGCUCGGCUGCGUACUUGAAAAAACACUCUCAGGCCAAACACGCAAACAGGUUGACCCUCUGCAACAAGGCCAGGCCUGUAUCUUCGCUCAAGCAGAGCUGAAAUGUUCUAACACAUACCCCAUUCCAUUCCACUUAGAGGAGCGUGGCCUUGCUUGGGUAAAGACUGAGGGGAAGGAUUUGUUAUGACAAGAUUAAGGUAGUAUUAGAGAAAUCCCAAAGAGGAUGUCAAUGAUAGUUUUGUUUUGAUCCAAUCUGUGAAAUGGCAUGCCCCAUGACCAACAUUCUGGAUUUAUUCUUCACUGAUCUGUUUUUAUGC